AAGAAGAAGGUGUGGUUUACCAUUUUUGACAUUUACAUUUUAGUCAUUUAGCAGACAGAGCGACUUACAGUAGUGAUCGAGAGUACUGCUUUAUUGUGUUACCGGCGCUUUUCUAUUACCGAUCAAUAUGGAUAAGCGAAAGCGUUCCAGAGAAGAUUUACCGACCGCUGACAGUGACCAUUUCAAAACCCCGGAGCAGAGCGUUUAUACCGGGUUGUCGCGGGACGGGGACUUAAGGCAGUGCGAUGUCGAGGACACUUGCAGAUACCUGCGUCAGGAAGGUCUCGGGGCAUGGGAGGAGAAAUUCACAGAGCAACAGAUAACAGGAGUGGGGUUACGAUACCUCACAGAGACACAUCUGGAGAAUAUGGGCAUAAGGCCUCUUGGCACACGGCUGCAGAUUCUGCACUGCCUGAAGAAGCUGUGGCAGAUUGCAGCAGAGACCAAGGUGUUUAUUGACCCCAUCCAUGGACAUAUAGAGAUGCAUCCUCUGUUGGUCUGUAUCAUCGACACCCCUCAGUUCCAGAGGCUCCGCCACAUUAAGCAGCUGGGAGGAACAUACUUCGUCUUCCCUGGAGCCUCCCACAACCGCUUCGAACACUCCAUAGGGGUGGGUUACCUGGCAGGUCUGCUGGUCCAGGAGUUGAAUGAGAGACAACCAGAGCUCUUCAUCUCCCAUAGAGACAUAUUGUGUGUCCAGAUCGCCAGUCUCUGUCACGACCUGGGUCAUGGUCCUUUCUCCCAUAUGUUUGAUGGGAUGUUCAUCCCUAAAGUGCGUCCAGAAUCUAAGUGGAAGCACGAGGAGGCGUCCCUGGCAAUGUUUGACCACCUGGUGCGUGAGAACGCCUUAGAGCCGGUGAUGAAGGAGCAUGGCCUGGUCCUUCCUGAUGACCUGGUCUUCAUCAAGGAGCAGAUUGCUGGACCACAGAACACUGUCCUUCUCAGCCAGGGAGUAAAUCAGCCAGCCAGUGAGCCGUGGCCAUAUAAGGGCCGACCAGAGAAGAAGUCCUUCCUCUAUGAGAUUGUGGCCAACAAAAGGAACGGCAUCGACGUGGACAAGUGGGACUACUUUGCCAGGGACUGCUUCCACCUGGGUAUCCAAAAUAACUUUGACUACCGUCGCUUUCUCAAGUUUGCCCGUGUGUGUGAGGUGGACGGGAAGAAGCACAUCUGCACCCGAGACAAGGAAGUGGGUAAUCUGUAUGACAUGUUCCACACACGCAACUGCCUGCAUAGAAGAGCCUACCAGCACAAGGUGGGCAACAUCAUAGAGACAAUGAUCACAGAGGCCUUUAUCAAGGCGAACCCCCACAUCCAGAUUCAAGGUUCAGGGGGAAAGAUGUUCACCAUCUCCGCAGCAAUAGACGACAUGGAGGCCUACACUAAACUCACUGACAAUAUGUUUGAGCAGAUUCUGUACUCGUCGUCCUCUAAGCUGGCUGAGGCCAGAGAGAUCCUUCAAAACAUCACCUGCAGACGCCUCUACAAGUGUGUGGGACAGACCCAGACUGAGGUGCGCGUGGAGGUUUCACAGAAAAAGCUCCUGGAGUGGGCAGGCUGUGUGGCGAGGUCCAGGCCUCGGAAUGACCUUAAACAUGUUACUCUGCAGCCAGAGGACUUUGUUGUCCAUAUCAUCAACAUGGACUGGGGUAUGAAGGAGAAGAACCCCAUCAACAACAUGCGUUUCUACUGUAAGAACGACCCAACCAAAGCUUACCAGAUCAGCAAGGACCAGGUGUCCAAGCUGCUGCCAGAAAGGUUUGCUGAGCAGCUUAUCAGGGUCUACUGUAAGAAGACUGAUGAGAGGACCAUGGAGGCAGCUAAGAAGAACUUUGUCCAGUGGUGUAUGGAUAUGAACUUCUCCAAACCUCAGGAUGGAGAUGUGAUUGCACCAGAGCUCACCCCUCUUAAGGCAAGCUGGGCACACAACAAUGACACUGAGGAUAAUGAGGGGAGGAAGAGGCUGGGCCACUGAGGAUAAUGAGGGGAGGAAGAGGCUGGGCCACUGAGGAUAAUGAGGGGAGGAAGAGGCUGGGCCACUGAGGAUAAUGAGGGGAGGAAGAGGCUGGGCUGCAAUCAAUGAUGACCAGACUCUUUUAAGAGGAAGAUGAGAAACAACAGAGAAUCCUUCUGUUUACGGCAGUGGUUACCAAUCAUGGUCUUUGAGGGCCACAGGGUAUGCAAGGUUUUGUUCCAACCCAGCACUAACACACUUGGUUCAGCUAAUCUAGGUCAUUAAGAUGAACUGACUAGCUGAAUCAGGUGUGUUCACGAUGGGUUGGAACAAAAGCCUGCACACCCUGUUGCUCCCUAGGACCAGGGGUUGGUGACCACCACCUCAAGAAAAUGUGAGUCAGGCUUUCGAAAGAAGUCACUUUACUCAGGGUUCUGUUCACUCUGAUUCAGUUUUCCAGGGAUUAGAUCAUGUAGUCUUUCUUUUAUUUACUUUUGA